UUCUGAACCUUCGGAAAGACACCACGUUUAUCUAUCAGUAAUCACAGACCACUUUCGCCCCGGAUUUGCUCCAACCUUUUUUUGUUUCAACGCAGGGGUCCAAUCGGCCAGUCUCCCGGUUUUUGAAAGUGUCGCUACUGGGGUUUUCUUGAACCUCUGCGAAAAGUUAGUCCUUAUCGGCUCUCUCACGGGACCUUUCUCCUCCGACAGCCUUCGAAUCCGCGAUCAUCCUCCAGGGAAGGAAACGAGGAAUAAAAGAGAGGACCGGCGUAGAGGCUGAUAGAGACAACGGAUAAUUUUCCGUUUGUGCAUAGAAUCAGAUCCUAGUCCACCAUGCCGUCCGCCAAAGCGUCUGGGGUAGACAAUGGAGGCUCUGCGAAAUCCCGCGAGCACAGUCAAGGGAACCAGGAACGCAAAUACACUCCCGAUCAGAAAGCGGCCGUGUUACGGAUUCUGAAAUGCUCCGCGACAGCAUACUACGAAAUUUUGUCGCUGGAAAGGACGGCCACGGAUGGCGAGAUUAAGAAGGCAUAUCGCAAGUUGAGUCUAUUAACACAUCCUGAUAAGAACGGGUACGACGGGGCCGAUGAAGCAUUUAAGAUGGUGUCGCGCGCUUUCCAGGUCUUAUCGGACUCCGACAAGAAGUCACGGUAUGACAAGUUUGGGGGUGACCCGGACAGCAGGUUCGGCCCCAGUUCUGGACCUUCGGGUGCAUCUCCUUUUAGCGGGUUUGGCGGUGGCUUCCCACGCUCAGGAAACCCUGGUGGUUCGAUGUAUGAAGAGGAGAUAUCGCCGGAGGAGUUGUUCAAUCGAUUCUUCGGUGGUGGUUUUGGCGGCAUGGGCGGUGGGUUCAAUGCGUUUGGCGGUCCUCAGUUUGUAUUCAACAUGGGAGGUGGCCCCGGUUUCCGAGUCCACCAAUUCGGUGGUGCUCGGCCUCGCAGGAGGCCACAACCGAACAGCCAACCCGAACCAGCACCAUCUGCCUGGGCAACUCUCCAGCAAUUCUUGCCCCUCAUCCUGCUCUUCGUCUUCCCUCUGCUUUCUUCACUCUUCUCCGGUUCCUCCACUCCCACAGGCCCUUCGUAUAGAUUCGAUGCAGCAGUACCUCCUCACACGAUGCAACGGACAACGCCCAAACUCCACGUCAACUAUUUUGUUAACCCGAAUGAUAUAGAAGACUACAGCGCGCGGAAGUUCCGACAGUUGGACCAACGGGUAGAAGUGGACUACGUCAGCAAGCUUCGGUAUGCAUGUGAGAGUGAAGUGCAUGCGCGUGACCGGAUGAUUCAAGAUGCCCAGGGCUGGUUUUUCCCCGACGUAGAGAAGAUGAAGGCGGCAAGAUCUAUGGAGCUCAAAAGCUGUCGGCAGUUAGACUCGUUGAAAGGAAAAUACUAACCGCCAUUUCUUACUCCGACAAACACUGUGACGAUGUUUUAUUAGCCGCAUCCACUUUUCUUUUUUUAUUAUACUUAAUGUUGUCCAUUCGUCUUAUUAUUUUUGGGCCCUGAAGUUUUCCAUUAGAUGUCAAUAUAUGUGCAGAGAUUGAUGACAUCGCAUGACUUCUAACGAUGUCUGAUCGGUUUGAAACUGGAAUGAAUACUAA